CCGCAAAGAAAUGAUCGGGACUUGAACAUAUUUGAUUCUACUUAUCUUUAAUGUAAUCGACUAAUUAAAAUUUUAAUAAUUUAUUGUAAGUUUUGUUUUAACGAACUUCAUCGAGCUUGGGUUUCACAAUUAGUUUUUAAUUCGAGUUUGACAUUUUAUCAACUCAAAUGCCACUUUGGUUACACCUUACUUAAUUAGUACAUAUAACAUUUGCAUUUUAUAUUGCAAAAUUUAAUCAAUAAUUUUGCAACCCAAAAUGUGCCAACAUGACUUCUUAUUCAACACAUAAGUAUGUUGGGUCAAUAUGAAUUUAUCCUCCGAAAACUUAUUUUUCCAAAAUGAAAAAGAUGCUUAAUUUGAGGUCAAAUAACUAAUCUACAACUCUUAAGAAUCAUCAAAUAUGUAAGAGUGUUAUUUAUGUUAUUUUAAGUUGUUAACGGGUGUACAACACACGGGUUAUAACCUAGUGUGGUAUAAAAAAAACAAUAAGCAAUUUAAUCGAUAUAAGCAUAUGUCAGCUAAAAGCCGCCACUUAGGACAUACAAUUAGUCAACAUUAAACUUUUUUUAACAAGAAAUUUCAAUCAUAGCUACUUUUGGUCAAACUUUAGCUACAGUAUACGUUUACUAUGCUGCAUCAAUAAUUGGCCCUUGAGAACGAAAGGUGGAGGAAUAAGUCUUAAUUAAAUGGAAACGGAUUCCCAAAACUUGUAAACAGCUACCCUUAAAAUUCCUGUUCAUAAUAUCAAGCAUCAAUUCGUUCUCAAGCUUCAUCUUUUUACUGGUAUGGAUUGGGAAUCUCCUUCAGAUGCCAUGCCAUGGGUGGGAUUGUAUGUCGGCGUAGCAUCUCUGGUGUGCACUCUUGCAAUGGCAGCUGAUCUUUUCCAAGGCUUUCGACAAUGGAAGCUCUGGUUUCCAUGCAGAUUUUUCACCAUCAACGCUGUUUCCAUCACACUCAUAGCAAUCGCAAUGAAGCUACCAGUGGAUCUAACCACCGACGUGUCUCAAGGUCUUGAUACGACAGCAAAGUUUCUCAGCAUCGUUUUCUUAGUCGCCAUGUUAGCCAACUUUCUCCCUUCUUUAGGGCUUAUGAACGACAAAGAACUUCUGAUGAACAUCGUAGCCUUGGUAGCUUUGACAGUUUCAGCAUCUAGAAGAAUUUUACAACAUAAGUACAAGGAGUUGCAUAGGUUGGCUUCAAAUCAUCAAGAGAUGAACACGAACAUGAACAUGAACAUGAACUUUUCUUAUAAGAGACUCAUUUGUUAUGUUAAAAAACAUUGGAUGAUGGCAGAAACUGGUAACCCUCAAUUUGUAGUUGCGUGUUCAUCUGUUUCUUCUGCUUUAGGAGUUAUAUGCUCAGUUCUUGUUUGCAUUUCAUUUUACUUUUUGAUAACCCUGUUUGGUGAUACGUCAAAUUUGCAGUAUGGAAGAUCAGAUUAUAAAUGGUCAAUCAAUGUAAUUGUCACUAUACAAUCAAUCGGGACAAUAGUAGGUAGUAUAGCACCGAUUUUUAGAUGUUUGUCUUCCACCAUUGAUUUCAAUUUCUCCAAGAAAUGGAUCAAGAAUCAUUUAAACGUGUUUAGAGUCGAGAAGCAUUGGAUCCAAAGGCUUCAACAUUGGAAACGCUGCCAUGUUCGUUCACAUAUUCCAGGGCGCCAUUGCAAAAAAGCUUUCCAUAGCAUCAAAAACAUGAUUUUGAACUUUUGCAUAGGGAUUCAGAUAACGGUUGUGAUUAUAUGCAACACAAUAUGUCUCCUUCCCAGAUCUUUUCUUAUCUUCUGCAAGUCAUUGUUUAAAAGUUUUAAACAAGAACCAAAUGUCAGUACUAAUGGCAAUGUGAAUUUGGAUCAAGAAUAUACGCGUUAUGUCCUACAAGUUGAAGUGGAAACGAAGCUUUCAAAGAGAAUAUUAAGGAAUGCCCUCAACUCCAUGACUCGACUUCUUCAUGAGUCUGAAGAGAAAGAGCCAAGUAAUCUAAUCAAACUUCUCAAGAAAUCUACAGGAUUCCAAGGAGUUUUAGAAUUCGAUAGUGAUCAAGUUCCAUCUUUACAUCAAGAAGAAACCAAUAAUUGUUGGAGCCUAGUUGUAGUAACAUUAACAGCUAUUGCCAUUUCCCUUCCUAACAUUGCAAACAUCCAUGUGAAAGAGUUACUUUCCAGUAUGAGAGAAGGGCUACAGUUUGUAAUGCAUGUAGAAGAAAGCCUCAAUGUGAAUAUUGACUUGGUAAAAGCAAGAAAAGCAGCUAGACGUAUGUGGACAGAUGUUGAGGUGUACUACAGGUGGCUACAAAUUGAUCUUCAAAAGAAAGCUCGUGAAGGAAGAACAUCAAAGGAUAUUCUUCAGUUGUUGGGUGAUGAAGCCAUAAAAAUUGUGAUAGAGUUCAUGAGAAGAAAAAAUGGAAUUUUGGAUCAUUCACUUCGCAAGUUCAUUGCUGCAAAUUCCAUGUAUAGAAUCAGCCAAACAAUACUGCUCCACUGCAAUGAGCAAGAAAAUUGGCCAAAUGAUGAGGGAAUUUUUGAGUUUAUAUCAACUAUGAUUGCAGAUAUGUUAUCCGCUUGCUUUACCAACUUACCACGUGUCAUAGCUAUGAAGUGUCAUGAUGAUGCAAUAGAGAAAAGGGAAGAGAAUAUCCGGACUACAACACGGGUUCUUGGUAAGUCCAAAAAGAUACUUAAGAUCCUUAAAAAGCGUCAAGUUCCUAACUUAAAUUCUGACUCCAUGACAUAUGUUGAUAAGUGGCAUGCAUUACCCAAGAGUUACAUACAUAAUUGUUGUUCUCCUUCAAAAAGGAUUCAAUUACCGGUUUCUUUAAGUUCUAAUCAAUCAUUUGUAGUAACUAUUAUGUAGUAGGUGUGCACGAUGAAAUAGUUGAAAUUUUGUUAUACUGCGAAUAAUGUAAAAUUACAUUGUUUUAUAUUAGGAUUUGAGGAGUUUACUUUAGGUAUUUGUAUGUAUAGAUGAUUGAUAGUGGUGGAUGCCAUCCAUUGUGUACUAUAUAUUUUUUUAAGGUUCGUACUUUAAUAAACUUUGGUUGAAUGAAGACAAAAUGGC